UUCAGGUUUCUAAUGACCAGUAGUAAAAUAGAAAGGGAUGAGUUGGGAAAGGGUGUUGGGUAUUCAUAGCUACAUACAUUUGAACUCCCACCCUCGUACACCAAAAGUAGGUGGUGAUUUGAAUUUCAUGUGUCGACUGGACAGACACCAAUUGGCACUUUAGCUGAAGCUUUUGGUUCUGCAAUAAAAUUGUCUUCGUCCAGAUUUUCCCAUUUCACAUGGAUUUGAACGACCUUAACAAGGUUUGGGAAGUCAAACCUUUAAGGAGGACUCGAGAAAAUGAGGCCAGGCAAAUUCUUGAAAGAGUAGCUAAACAGGUGCAACCCAUUAUGCGCAAACGGAAUUGGAAAGUCAAAGUUCUUUCUGAAUUCUGCCCAGCAAAUCCGUCUCUUUUAGGUCUUAAUAUAGGAGGGGGUGCAGAAGUUAAGCUGAGAUUGCGCCGACCGAACAAUGAGUUGGAUUUCUUCCCAUAUGAUCAGAUUCUUGAUACCAUGCUUCAUGAGCUCUGCCACAAUCAAUAUGGUCCCCACAAUGCCGAUUUUUACAACCUUUUGGAUGAAAUUAGAAAGGAAUGUGAAGAUCUUAUGGCUAAGGGAAUUACAGGCACUGGGCAAGGAUUUGAUCUCCCUGGUAGACGACUGGGUGGCUUUUCCCGUCAGCCUCCUUUGUCAUCACUCCGGCAGUCUGCAUUGGCAGCUGCAGAAAAUAGAGCUCGGCGUGCAGCUAUUUUGCCAUCUGGACCAAUGCGACUUGGUGGUGACAGUAGCAUUAAGGCCGCCCUGAGCGCAAUACAAGCUGCUGCUAUGGCUGCAGAAAGGAGAUUACAUGAUGAUGUGUGGUGUGGUUCCAAAUCUGCAGAAAGUGAAGGAUCUUCUGAAAGUUCUCAAUCCUCUACUGUGCGCGAUAAUGAAUCUGAUCUGAUGUCAAAUCUUGGCAACGCUCAAAGCAGUGGUACUAAAGAUCUUCAGUUGUCGUGGCAGUGCAGCACUUGCACCUUAAUAAAUCAGCCCCUGGCUCUUAUUUGUGAAGCUUGUGGAACGAAGAAAUGCGCAAGCAAUGGAAAAAAGUCAAAGGUUUGGUCUUGUAAGUUUUGCACUCUAGACAACAGUGUUGAGGUUGAGAGGUGCUUGGCUUGUGGGGAAUGGAGAUAUUCGUAUGGUCCACCCACAGUACCUCUGUUGGAAAAUGCAUAGGUACCUGGAAUUGGGAAGUUUAAGUAUAUUAGGGAGAAAAAGAGACGCAUUUUCCGCAAGCACUCUACACCAUGCUGGUUAAGAAGCCUUCAGAUCCAAUCCUUGUCAGUGAAUUCCAAUUGCACAAAGGUCUGCAUGGGGUAGUCAACCUGGGCCAACAACAGCUGUGUAGUUGUCCAGCAUGUUGAUGUAUGAAAGCCAAGAAUUUUGUUACUUAUUCUGCCGUUGAAAAAAAUGUCCACGUGUCUCUCGGACACUCUGUAUUUGCUACAUAAAGUGUGGAGAUACGAAUGUAAAAAUUAUGCUUUAGCUGCGAAAAGGACAGUUGUUUGCUUUUCGUGUUGUGAAUUAUAGGCUACCUUCCAUCAGUUAUUACUUUUCUUCUUAAAGAUUGGGCUCGCUCCUGGUAACAAGCUGCUUGCGGGGAUAGCACUGGAAAAAGGGCAGGCUGUUUUCUUUCCUUGUAUGCUUGGAUCUGAAUCUUGAAUAUAGUAACACACACACAGUUAGUUACCUUGAACAAUGGUUAGCGUUCAUUAGUGGGGCAACAAAAAGGGGAAACUGCGCGCGUUUGUUACUUAUUUUGGGAUUUUGGCAAGAGACAGGAUUACCAUCAGAGUAGCAGGUUUCGUUGGAGGGUCUGAUAGACAAGCGCAAAAGGAGCUGGAUGGAUGGGUUUUAGUUAGAGCCAGGCAUAGGUUACUCGGACGCUAUGCUGGAAGAAGAGCAGGAGUGGGAAGUGCCCAGUUAUUGAUCAGAGGGAUUUAAAUAAUAACGGUGGUGUCGUCUCGUCAUGGCAACAAUGUGGGCUGGUUGUAAAGGAAAGGAUCAGAGUCGGACAGAAGAAAUGCAGCAAGAAAGAUAUUUGGUAGAAGCAGCAGCGUAUAGAGAGACGGAUCAACUCAAGUAAGGACAUCUUCUGAAGCAAGGAGUCGGGAGGAGAAAUCGAACGGAUGGACAUCUGGCCUCUCUGGACCUUACCACAUAGUACGCCGUAUAAUCAUACAUACAGUAUGACGGGAAGUCUGCUUCUGCAUCAUCAUCCUGUUUUUCAAAGGCGGUAGAGCCAA